GUCUUCUCCCGCACCCUCCCGCUUCCCUCCGCCCGGGAGCUUUCCUGGGUCCCCGGCGCCGCCUCCUUCGCUCACGGCUCCCCGCUCCCACGGCCGCCGCCGCCCCGGGGAAGGAGAGACGGGGGUGGGGUCGGGGGAAGCGUGAGAGGAGGCCGAGACCCUGGCUGGGCUGGAGCCCGGAUUCCAGGGCCGGAGGGUCGGGAGGUAGAGGGAAGGUGGAGGAGAGAGGAGGGGGAGCGGGGAGGAGCGGCCGGGCCUGGGGCCUUGAGGCCGGGGACCGCCGGGGCGCAGGGCCGGCGCGCCGAGAUGCUGCUGCUGCUGCUGGCGCCGCUCUUCCUCAGCCCACCGGGCGCGGGCGGGGCGCAGACCCCCAACGCCACCUCGGAAGGUUGCCAGAUCAUACACCCGCCCUGGGAAGGGGGCAUCAGGUAUAGGGGCCUGACUCGGGAUCAGGUGAAGGCUAUCAGCUUCCUGCCGGUGGACUACGAGAUUGAGUAUGUGUGCCGGGGGGAGCGCGAGGUGGUGGGGCCCAAGGUCCGAAAGUGCCUGGCAAAUGGCUCCUGGACAGAUAUGGACACACCCAGCCGUUGUGUCCGAAUCUGCUCCAAGUCUUAUUUGAUGCUGGAAAAUGGGAAGGUGUUCCUGACGGGUGGGGACCUCCCAGCCCUGGACGGAGCCCGGGUGGAUUUUCGCUGUGACCCUGACUUCCAUCUGGUUGGGGGCUCCCGGAGCAUCUGUAGUCAGGGCCAGUGGAGCAGCCCCAAGCCCCACUGCCAGGUGAAUCGAACGCCACACUCAGAACGGCGCGCAGUGUACAUCGGGGCGCUGUUUCCCAUGAGCGGGGGCUGGCCAGGGGGCCAGGCCUGCCAGCCGGCGGUGGAGAUGGCGCUGGAGGACGUGAACAGCCGCAGGGACAUCCUGCCGGACUAUGAGCUCAAGCUCAUCCACCACGACAGCAAGUGUGACCCAGGCCAGGCCACCAAGUACCUGUAUGAAUUGCUCUACAACGACCCCAUCAAGAUCAUCCUCAUGCCCGGCUGCAGCUCUGUCUCCACGCUGGUGGCUGAGGCCGCCAGGAUGUGGAACCUCAUCGUGCUUUCCUAUGGCUCCAGCUCACCAGCCCUGUCGAACCGGCAGCGCUUCCCCACAUUCUUUCGAACUCACCCGUCAGCCACACUGCACAAUCCUACCCGGGUGAAGCUUUUUGAAAAGUGGGGCUGGAAGAAGAUCGCCACGAUCCAGCAGACCACCGAAGUCUUCACGUCGACUCUGGAUGAUCUAGAGGAGCGAGUGAAGGAGGCUGGGAUUGAGAUCACUUUCCGCCAAAGUUUCUUCUCGGACCCCGCUGUGCCUGUCAAGAACCUUAAGCGCCAGGAUGCCCGGAUCAUCGUGGGACUUUUCUAUGAGACCGAAGCCCGCAAAGUCUUUUGUGAGGUGUACAAGGAACGGCUCUUCGGGAAGAAAUAUGUCUGGUUCCUCAUCGGGUGGUAUGCUGACAAUUGGUUCAAGACCUAUGACCCGUCCAUCAACUGCACAGUGGAUGAGAUGACCGAGGCUGUGGAGGGUCACAUCACCACUGAGAUUGUCAUGCUGAACCCUGCUAACACCCGCAGCAUCUCCAACAUGACAUCCCAGGAGUUUGUGGAAAAACUGACCAAGCGACUAAAAAGACAUCCUGAGGAGACAGGUGGCUUCCAGGAGGCGCCGCUGGCCUACGAUGCCAUCUGGGCCUUGGCACUGGCCCUGAACAAGACGUCUGGAGGGGGUGGCCGUUCAGGUGUGCGCCUGGAAGACUUCAACUACAACAACCAGACCAUCACCGACCAGAUCUACCGGGCAAUGAACUCCUCGUCCUUUGAGGGUGUCUCUGGCCACGUGGUGUUCGAUGCCAGCGGCUCUCGGAUGGCGUGGACGCUUAUUGAGCAGCUCCAGGGUGGCAGCUACAAGAAGAUUGGCUACUAUGACAGCACCAAGGAUGACCUUUCCUGGUCCAAGACAGAUAAGUGGAUUGGAGGGCUGCCCCCCGCCGACCGGACCCUGGUCAUCGAGACGUUCCGCUUCCUGUCACAGAAACUCUUUAUCUCCGUCUCGGUUCUCUCCAGCCUGGGCAUUGUCCUAGCUGUUGUCUGUCUGUCCUUUAACAUCUACAACUCUCAUGUCCGGUACAUUCAGAACUCACAGCCCAGCCUGAACAACCUGACCGCUGUGGGCUGCUCGCUGGCGCUGGCUGCCGUCUUCCCACUCGGGCUGGACGGACACCACAUCGGGAGGAGCCAGUUCCCCUUCGUCUGCCAGGCCCGGCUCUGGCUCCUGGGUCUGGGCUUUAGUCUGGGCUAUGGCUCCAUGUUCACUAAGAUCUGGUGGGUGCACACAGUCUUCACAAAGAAGGAGGAGAAGAAGGAGUGGAGGAAGACCCUGGAGCCCUGGAAGCUGUACGCCACCGUGGGCCUGCUGGUGGGCGUGGACGUCCUCACUCUGGCCAUCUGGCAGAUUGUGGACCCCUUGCACCGGACCAUUGAGACGUUCGCCAAGGAGGAGCCGAAGGAAGACAUCGACGUGUCUAUCCUGCCGAAGCUGGAACACUGCAGCUCCAGGAAGAUGAGCACCUGGCUCGGCAUUUUCUAUGGCUACAAGGGGCUGCUGCUGCUGCUGGGCAUCUUUCUCGCUUACGAGACCAAGAGUGUGUCCACCGAGAAGAUCAAUGACCACCGUGCUGUGGGCAUGGCCAUCUACAACGUGGCGGUGCUGUGCCUCAUCACUGCCCCCGUCACCAUGGUCCUGUCCAGCCAGCAGGAUGCAGCCUUUGCCUUCGCCUCUCUAGCCAUCGUCUUCUCCUCCUACAUCACCCUGGUGGUGCUCUUUGUGCCCAAGAUGCGCAGGCUGAUCACCCGAGGGGAAUGGCAGUCGGAGGCCCAGGACACCAUGAAGACAGGGUCUUCGACUAACAACCAUGAGGAGGAGAAGUCCCGGCUGUUGGAGAAGGAGAACCGGGAGCUGGAGAAGAUCAUUGCCGAGAAAGAGGAGCGAGUCUCCGAACUGCGCCAUCAGCUCCAGUCUCGGCAGCAGCUCCGCUCACGGCGCCCCCCUCCGACACCCCCAGACCCGUCUGCGAGCCUCCCCAGGGGCCCCCCUGAGCUCCCGGACAGGCUUAGCUGUGAUGGGAGUCGAGUCCACUUGCUGUACAAGUGAGGGGUGUGGGGAGGGAAGUGGAGAUGCCGGCCCCACUUGGGGUAGAAGCCCCGUCGGUCUCCUGUAAAUACAGCCCUGUGUGUCCCGGGUCUCUGGGUCUCCCCGCCCCGGGACCAGACCCUUUGUCUCUGCUCGUCCACGUGGUUUCAUGUCACUGCUUCACAACCCAGUCGGUGGGGCUCGGGAGCCCUGGCUCUGGCUCCCGCACCCACGCACGCACCCCUCCCUUCUCUGCCCCGCCCCCAGGACUCCCUGCCAUUAGUGGUUUUCUGGGGAGAUCAGAGGAGAGGAAUGUGGGCAGGGUCGGGAGCUGCUCGGUGGACAGUUGGUGAGAACCUGGCCAGAGGACCUAUGGGGCAAGAGGUGGUGUCGCUUUCACAGUGUGGUGUCUUUUGGGGACGGAUCUCCCUGAAUUCAAUAAACCAGCGAGCAGAGUGGCUUCGGUCCCAGCACAGCCGGGAGGACUGCGCGGCCCUGGGGGGCAGGGAAGGGGAGGGCGGCGGGCAUGGCUCUGGGCCGUGCGAUGCCGUCGGUUCCCUGUGCGUCGAGGACCCGAGUUCGAUCCCUGCACGCAGGCGCCCGGCCGGGUCCUCGUUCCAGACCGUAACAGGAUCAUGUCCCAUCGCCACCGCCGUCACCGCCACGAACUUCCUCCGUAGGUGGCUUCAAGGACAGCAGCUUAGGUGGUUCUUGGCCCAAGGAGACCGAACGGAGCCGCCGUGGCUGCUGUGUAAUGAGCUCACAGCGACGGGGCGGGGCCUUCCCCAGCACCCCGGCUUCCGGCACCGGCGGAGCACCAGCCAAGUGAAAGAAAGUAUUGAAUGUCCAAUGGAGAAAUA